AUGCUGAAAGAUCUCGUUGGAUUGCGGCUGUGGUUCUACGGACCAAAGUGGUUGGAGUCGUUCGAGGAGUACUGGAGCAGAGUGAAGCAUUUGGAGGUCGACGAGCCUGCUGAAGAGUUGCUGGAGAAGAAGAAGAACGUGCUGAUCGUGUCUGCUUCCCCGGAACCUCACCCGCUCAUCGAUCGCUACGGCAGUUACUGGAAGCUGCUGAGGAUUACGGCGUACUGCGUGAGGUUUGUCCGGAGAUGUCAGCGUCGCAAGCAGCCCCCUAGAACCCCAUUUCUCACCGUUGGAGAUUUGAAGGAGGCAAAGUUCGCUCUCGUGCGCGGCGUGCAGCAGGAACCCUUCGCCGCGGAGAUCAAGGCGCUCGCAAACCAUCGACUCGUUCCGACUCACUCGUCGCUGAAGCUGCUCAACCCGUUUCUCGACCAGCAGGGCAUUCUGCGCGUUGGUGGCCGGCUUGGACUCGCAGGCGAAGCGUACUCUACCCGACACCCCAUGAUCCUUCCCAGCAGCAACGUUUUCACGCGACAAAUGGCGGUCGCGUACCAUGAAACCUCGCUCCACUCUGGCCCCCACUAUUGUGGCCCUGUCUACCUGAAGCCCGUACACCGUCGAGCAGCUGCGCAGAAGGCGUACAUCGCGGUCUUCGUGUGCUUCAGCACGAAAGCGGUCCACCUGGAGCUGGUGGGGGACUUGACCACCGCUGCGUUUCUUGCUGCCCUGCGUCGUUUUGUUUCUCGCCGAGGUCUACCGUCCGAGAUCCACUCGGACAACGGUCUCAACUUCCAGGGAGCAAGCAACCACCUGCGCGAACUGUACGAGCUGCUUCGAGACACCAAGGUGAUCACGGAGAUCACCAGCGAAGCGUCCCGUCGUGGGAUCGAGUGGAAAUUCAUUCCACCGAGAGCGCCGAACUUCGGCGGCCUAUGGGAGGCGGCCGUGAAGUCGGCCAAGACGUCACUCGUCCGUGUGCUGGGUCAACGACAACUUUCCUUCGAGGACAUGGCGACCGUCCUCACCCAGAUCGAAGCGGCCAUGAAUUCGCGCCCGCUUACCCCGUUGUCGGAGGACCCGGACGAACUGGACGUGCUCACGCCCGGGCACUUUCUCGCCGGAUCGUCGCUGCUAGCGAUUCCGGAUCCGGACUACACGGACAUCCCGACGAACCGGCUGCAACACUACCAGCAACUGCAGCAGCUGGUGCAGCAACACUGGAAGCGGUGGAGGCGGGAGUACAUCUCGCAGCUCCACAACCAGAACCAGAAAUUCCCGCAAGCGACCCAGCUGAAGGCUGGACAGAUGGUGAUCCUCAAGGAGGACAACAAGGCGGCAAUCGAGUGGCCCCUCGCGCGGAUUGUCGAGGUCUACCCAGGCCCCGACGGCGUCGUCCGCGUGGUGAAGCUGCGUUUGCCGAACGGUGCGGUCUACAAGCGGCAGUCCGCACGUAUCUGUUUGCUGCCGUUCGAGAAGGACUCGACGGUGCAGCUCACAAACGCCUUCAACCCUCAACCGACACAAGGCGCAGCGUAG